GGUGUCUCGGUGGUGGGUGAAGGCUUCUGUGAGCACAUGGAAAGCCCCUGGAGGACUCUCCUCUAAAAAGGGCUUUGGCAGGGCUGCUCUUCCCUGCUGGGAGUGUCUAGUCGUGAGCUGGCUAAGCUCAGCCUCUCUUCUUGCAUCACAAGAUACAGUAACCCUUUAUUGCCUGAUGUGGGUGUUUGGAGAAACGCGCUCUCGUUGCACGCUUCCGCCCACCUCGCUGGCCGUGAGCGUGCGGUCGCCUGUCAAACGAGGCAGGAGUCCUCCUGGGGGGCUCUUGGGGCCUGCGGUCACACCACGGAGCCGUCGCCGCCCCGGACGGCGCUCGCUCGGCCACCGACACAAACAGGAGACGGCCGGGAGCCUUCCGCCGCGGCGCGGUGGGCCAAGGGCAAGGUGCCGGCAGCCGCUGGGCCUUGGCUCGUUGCCGAGGUGCCGGGUCACCCAAGCAUGGCCACCCAGAUGUUUGAGGGGAGAGGGCACGCAGCUGUCUACCAGAAAUACAGGUUUGCACCGGGCAAAGAGCUGCAGCAAACCAUCCUCACCUACCUGCAGGAAAAGUGUAUGCCCUGCAGAGGAGCUGCCGUUUGAGGAUGCCUCAGUGGACCUCCUUACUUCAUUUACAGCUGCGCACUGGUUUGAUAUCGAGAAGUUCAUGAGAGAAGCAAACCGGGUGGUUAAGCCAGGUGGUUGCAUGGUCAUCAGCACCUACACCGUGGACAUGAGUCUGUGCUAUGGAAACUGCUCUGAAAAGCUGACCAAAAUCUUCAGGGAGUCCUGGGACCUGCUUUUAAAAUACUCUCAUAAUAGAAUAAAACUAGUCUUGGAAAACUACAAAGACAUCUUUGAGGCCUUGCCGUUUCCAGACAAGAAGAGAAUCACUGAUAUCUUUGACAAAAUUCCCAUGACAGUUGCUGGUGUGGUUGGUUACUUGGAGUCUGCCUCUCCGUAUCAAGCCUUUAUGAAGAAUGACCCCAAAGCUGCAAAAUCCCUCCUCCAGGAGACUGAAAAGAGUUAACAGCCUUUCCCUCCCCGGCAUCGGCAGGACGCUUGGCACAUUCUCCAGGAUGAUGCAGCGGGUGACCAGCCGUGAUGUAACAUCAGGGAUUGCAUCACCAACAUGCUUGGGCACGGUGUCUGCAGCACAAGGCACGCGGAGCGGCACAAACCAGCCCGACGUCACGGUGGCUGUGCAGCUUGCAUGUGCAGAGAGGCGUUGAAGGGUUCUGGGGUGUGUAGCGAGGCCAGCAACGCUUUGGUGGCACUGACACCCUGGGCUGGCGGGGACAGGUCCAGUGAUGGCUGCUGAGCGGAGGCCACCUGGUGUUCCCUGCCUUGGCACCAUUGCGCCAUGGGCAGGGCUCCUGCACAUCACCCAGAAUUUUUAAUUUUAAGGCUGCCUUUUUUGGGGCACUUUUUUGGUUCUUUUGAUCUUCUUUUCCAAGACCAGUGACUUCAGCAGGAGCCAGUUCCUCCCAGAUGAGCCCACCAGCUCCAAAAGGGGCUGGGAACAAGUGAUCUGAGCUUGUCCUUACUCACUUGAGUGGCAUGGCUUGUGGCCAAGACUCUUCCAUGCUUGCACCGUGUGGUGGCCGAUGAGUCACAGAGUGAUUGCCUGGCCCUG